AUGACUUCGAAAGCCCCGAAGCGAAAGCAGUCCUCUUUGAAUGGCAAGUUGGCUGUACUUCGAGCGGUUGAUGCUGGAAGGAAGAAAUGCGACGUGGCGAAAGAAUUUGGGAUCAGCGCUUCAACUCUUUCCAUCUUUCUGAAAGACCGCGAGAAGAUCGAGAGAGAGCAUGCCACGAACAAUCGAGGACCGCCACCCCGCAAGCGGAUCCGCGCCGCAAACUUCGAGGACGUUGACAAAGCAGUUUUGAAGUGGUUCCUUGAGGUGAGAUCGCAAAACAUUCCUGUGACCGGGCCAAUGUUGUGUGCAAUGGCGAAAGACUUUAGCGUUAUCUUCGGUGUCGGCGACCAGUUCAAGGGAACACAAGGCUUGCUGAGAGCUUUUCGUGCCCGGCAUGACAUUGUUUCCAAGGGACUAGCCGGAGAAGAAAAGUCCACACCACAAGAUGUCGCAAUCGGGUGGAGAGAAAAGGAACUGAAGAAGGUGCUUUUGGAGUACGAGCCCGACGAUAUAUUCAACGCGGACCAAACUGCGUUAUUUUUCAAACUGCUGCCCGAGCGGACGAUGAAGGUUAAAGGCAGCAAAAGAUCGAAAGAAAGAGUCACCGUAUUGCUGUGCUGCAACAUGACUGGAUCAGUGAAAGUGAAACCACUAGUGAUGGGCAAGUCGCGGAAGCCGAACGCGUUCAAGAACGUACGUAGUAUUCCUGUCGACUACGACUUCAACAAUAAGGCGUGGAUGACUGCAAGGAUAUUUACAGACUGGCUGAUGAGACUGGACCGAAAGAUGAAGAAUGAGAGGAGGAGCAUCGUCCUCAUCCUGGAUAACUGCUCAGCGCACUCAAAGUUACCGAAGAUGAGCAACGUGAAUGCUCCUCGAAACUGCACAUCCUUGAGGUCAGGGCAUAAUUCGCUCUACCAAGGCUCACUACCAGAGGCGCAUGCUGGAACGCGUUUUGCUGAACAUCAAAAACAGCGAAAGAUGAAAGUCACUGAAAAGGUUAGCCAGCUGUAG